GUUGUUUGGUUAGGGAUAGAAGGUUAAGAAGGAGGAGGCAGGGAAGGAGGAGGCGAUAGGAAAUGGCAGGACAACAGCAACAAUUUGGGGGACCUCCCUUGACGUACGCUAGCGGCGCUCAGCAAACCAUAGCGGGAGGAGGUCAGCAUAGCGCAGUUAUGUGCUACAUAUGCGGUAAACAAGGGCACUACGCGAGGAACUGCUGGGCUGCCGGCAACGGGCGACCAACGCAGCAGUUCCAACAACAAUCCAUCCAACAGCCGGUGGAUGAUGAGACUGCGAAGAUGAAAGCAUACUUCAGGAAAAAGAUUCAGAAGCAGAAGGUUGAAGAAGAAAGGAGAGAAAGGAUAGAGGAGGGAAAGCGGAGGGAGGAAGAGGAUAGGAGAGAAGCAGAUAGGCUUAGGGAAGCGGAGGCAAGGGAAGCGAAGUUAGAAGCGAAGCUGAUCAGAUUGAUGAAUCAGCAUAAUAAAUCGGUAAGUGCGGCACGAUCUUCAGUGGUGAAGAAGAAGUCCCCGCGGACUAAAGCAUGGAUGCUGAGGGAGAUGAGGAGCUAUUUUGACGAAUCCGAAGACGACAGCGAGGAGGUAAGAGAGGAAGCCGAACGAUUGGUUAACGCUAUAGAGAAUCGGAAAGGCAAGAGGAGGAUGAACGAAGUAGAAGGCAGAGUCUCUGCGGCCAGAAUGAGGUCAACCAGGAAUGCUCCGAUUGACGUGGAUGAUCUACCAGACGAGGAGAAAACACCUGUACGGAAGAGAGGUGAAGCUACCGGAGGAGACUUCCUUGAGUUAGCCCUAGAAAUGCAUGAGAAGCUUUCUGCGAAGAAAGUUACAGAACUGAGGAAAAUCUGCAAUGAAGAAGGUGUCGAAUGGACCAGAAAGGAGGUUGCUAUGAAUGAGCUUGUGAGGUGUAGGACGAGCUACGACGUAAAGGAUAUGUUUGCUAGGCUGUCUCAUGAUGCGGUGUUGAACUCUGUUCUAUGGAUGAUUGAAUUGUAUCGAAGGAGGAAUCUGGUAGGGGUUAGGGCAAGUCGGAGAGGAAGGGUAUGCAUGAUGGCGAGGAACCGAAGGAGUGAAGAUUUUGUGCUGUUAGACUUCGAACUCAUGACAAGAGCCAUACAGUUUGAGCUGAACAAUGCUUUCGUUACAAGCGCCGGUGAGACGCUGAGGCAGGUCUUCAGAAUCCCGGUGGAGGAGCUCCAGCCCCGCGCUCGCAUGUUUGGAGACACGACUCUGCCGAAGAGCGCUAACUUCGCGCCUCUGCAGACGACCCGAGAAAUCAGGUUACAAUUUGGCAAAGAAGAGGAAGGGGAUGGCGAUGAGGGAAGAGAGAAAAAUGGGAGAGGAAGGAGCAGAGACCGGGUAUGGAGGGAGAGGUAGGGACAGAGACGAACAAGGGAAGAAUGUGGCCACACUAAUCUCUGUGUCGUUCCGAUUUUGAGGGAUGUCCCAAAGGGCGUCAGAAAUAAUUUCGAGUUCUCUUUUUCAGAGUUGUUUUGGAUUUUUAUUUUUUUCAUGCCUUAGCAAGGACACUUCCAUUUUUGAAUGGUCGCCACGUGGUAGGAUUGGAAGGAGCAUGAUCUUUUCCUUGUUGCUUUGUGUGACGUUUUCCAUCACCGGUUCCUUCCAUCGUUUGGCCUUCACUGGUCCUCCAAUAGUAGAUAUUCAAUGAUGAUCCAAUCACACGCUGAUAUGAAGUGAUAUUCAUCGUUUGGCCCCGCCACACACCUCAUCAUCAUCUCAAUCUCCAUGGUUUUUCUCAAACUUCUAACAAAGUGCCUUACAAGGA